CGGAUACGAGAACAAGUCACGAGCCACCAUUGCAACCAGGCAUCUAAAAUCUUUAAAUCGACGUAUUAAAACACCAUCCUCUGUCCCAUGUCGACUUCCCACUAUCACAAAACUUGGAAAAACAGACACUUAUCAUCUUUAGAAGCGUAACCAUCAGUAACGAUGAAAAUCGUAAUCAUCGGCGCCGGCAUCUCCGGGUGCGCUGCAUACCUGCAACUCAAAAAACACCUCCCACAGCCACGUGGACCAGCACCUGCAGCACAGCACGAGAUAACCAUCUACGAAGCUUAUGACACCAGCAUAAAUACAACACACGAAGGCCGCCACGGCGACACCCAUUCCUCCACCUUAGUCGUUGGCGGCGGACUAGGCAUCUUCUCCAACGGUCUCAACGUCCUGAAGCGUCUGGACGGCGAUAUCCUCCGUGACAUCGCGCGCGGGGGAUAUGCCAUCGCGCAUCAGGAUCUGAGGACGAAGAAUGGGAGUUUGCUGAUGAGAAUGGAUACGACGGCGGAUGCGGAUCCCGAGUUGGAUGGGAAGCAAAUGCAUUUGCUUGGUGUUAGUCGGCAUUGGUUGUGGAGGAGCUUAAGGGUCAAGAUUCCGGACGGUGAUAUCGAGACAAGGCGUGUGGCGAGAGUUGUUGCGAAUGAGAGUGGCCGCAAUAGUGUGUACUUUGCGGAUGGGAGUGAGCCUGUUGAGGCUGAUCUGGUUAUUGGGGCGGAUGGAAUCAAGGGCGUGACCAAGCUGGGGUUGUUCCCUGGGCAGGAGAGGGAUUAUGCGCCUGAAUAUCAAGGCCUUGUUGGGGUUGGGGGGUUUAUCUCGACGGAAGAGGUUAAAGGACUGGUGGAGAAAGGCUCGAUGAAUCUGCUCUUUAGUGGGAGUGGAUUUUUCGGAUACUUCUACUCGAGCAGCGCGGCAUAUGCGCCGGACCGUGAUUCUGCUUACAGUGUAUCCGAACCAGGCGAGUCGCUUGGAUGGUGGUCAACAUAUUCCGCGGACGAAUGUCCAGAUCCAAAGACGCUGGAUAUGGAAGCAGUUGCGAGUCAACUGCGCGAGAGGCACGGGGACUGGAAGGACCCCGUGAUUCGGAAAAUCAUAGGUUCGCUGAAUGUUAAGAGCAUGUACCCAACUUGGACAUCGCCUCAGCUUCCGACGUGGGAGAGGGAUGGCGUUGUCCUUGUUGGGGACGCGGCACAUGCCCUUCCCUCUACGUCCGGACAAGGUUCCUCACAGGCCUUGGAGGAUGCUGAGGCAUUUUCGAUGCUUCUUGGCCAUGCCAUCCACGUCGUGGACCAGGAAAGCUCGGCUGAUACAGCGGCAUAUAAGAAGGCUAUCACGACAGCUGCUAAACAAUACAUCGAGAUUCGCCGGCCACGGGUGCAGAGUAUUCUGGAGAGUGCACAACGCAUGCAGAGUACCAAACGGGACAUGAGUUGGAUAGCUGAAUAUGCAAUGUAUUGUGUGAUAUGGAUUGCUGGAUGCUUUCCGAAAAUGAUGUCGGGGCCUACGAAGCGGGUAAUCAACUAUAAUAUCUCCGAGGAGGUGAAGACAUUUAUUGAACGGGGGUAGAAAAGUUGAUGUCCUUCAUAGUUCUCACUUGCUUAUAGUGACUCUGUUAGAUGAAUAAUGAUGUAAUGAUAGUAGUUAUGCUAAGCCUUUAAACUCCGCUCCAGAUCUCCACCUGCAUCGCGCAAGAUGUUUGUUACCAGGAA